UCUUAAGUCCAUCCAAUCCUCCGUUAGAAAAAUCUCUAGCUCCUUAAUUUUCUAUUUUCUCUUUUCUCACUCUCCUUUACUUGAGAGUUACUACAUUUCUUCAUCACUCUAUAGCUAUAUUUUCCGGCGAAAAUGGCCGGCGGUGGUCCUAUCAAUUCCGGUAGUGGAAAAGCUUAUCCCGGAGAGCUUACUACAUAUGUCUUGAUAACAUGCAUUAUUGCAGCCAUGGGUGGUUUGAUCUUCGGUUACGAUAUUGGAAUUUCAGGUGGGGUGACAUCGAUGGAUCCCUUCUUGAAGAAGUUCUUUCCAUCCGUGUACAGAAAACAAAAGGCUGAUGAUUCGGACAAUCAGUACUGUAAAUUCGACAGUCAAACUCUAACGAUGUUUACAUCAUCGUUGUACUUGGCUGCUCUGUGUUCCUCAGUGGUGGCUUCAUGGGUGACACGUAGAUUGGGUCGGAAGCUGUCUAUGCUUGCCGGUGGUUCAUUGUUCUGUGCCGGAGCUCUGAUUAAUGGCUUUGCUCAGGACGUGGCUAUGCUCAUUAUUGGUCGGAUUUUGCUCGGUUUUGGUAUCGGAUUCGCAAAUCAGGCAGUGCCACUCUACCUCUCUGAAAUGGCGCCAUACAAGUACAGAGGAGCUCUUAAUAUUAUGUUCCAGUUAUCAAUCACUGUUGGUAUCCUCGUGGCUAACGUCUUGAACUAUGCCUUUGAUAAGAUCGAAGGUGGUUGGGGAUGGCGAUUGAGUUUAGGAGGAGCUGUUGUCCCUGCAGUUAUCAUGAUUGCUGGAUCUUUGUAUCUCCCUGAAACUCCCAACUCAAUGAUUGAAAACGGGAAGCAAGAAAAGGCUAAAAAACAACUAAUUAAAAUUCGCGGUGUUGAUGAUGUUGAGGAGGAGUUUAAUGAUCUUAUUGCGGCUAGUGAAGCCUCUAAGCAAAUAGAAGAUCCCUGGAGAAACCUCUGGCAACCAAAGUAUAGGCCACAACUUGUAAUGGCUAUACUUAUUCCAUUCUUUCAGCAAGUUACUGGAAUUAAUGUUAUUAUGUUUUAUGCCCCUGUUUUGUUCAAGACUAUUGGUUUUGGGGGUGAUGCGUCUCUCAUGUCUGCUGUGAUCACUGGCGGAGUUAAUGUGGUUGCAACUUUCGUUUCUAUUUUUUCUGUUGAUAAGGUGGGACGAAGGUUUCUUUUUCUUCAGGGAGGUGUUCAGAUGUUUCUUUGCCAGAUUGCUGUUGCAGUUUGCAUUGGUCUAAAAUUCGGAACAUCUGGCGAUGCUGAUCAUCUACCCAAGUGGUAUGCCAUCGUUGUGGUCCUUUUCAUCUGCAUAUAUGUUGCGGGAUUUGCCUGGUCUUGGGGUCCUCUCGGAUGGUUGGUGCCUAGUGAAAUCUUUCCACUGGAAAUCCGAUCAGCUGCACAGAGUAUCACAGUUUCAGUGAACAUGCUUUUCACUUUCAUCAUAGCUCAGCUCUUCCUAAUGCUGUUGUGCCACUUGAAAUUCGGACUCUUCUUGUUCUUCGCGUUCUGGGUGUUCGUGAUGACAUUGUUCAUAUACUUCUUCUUGCCCGAGACGAAAAAUAUUCCCAUCGAAGAGAUGACAAUGGUAUGGAAGUCGCAUUGGUUCUGGAAGAGGUUCAUGGCCGAUGCCGAUGUUCCUAAAGGCGGAGUUCAAAUGAGCAACGGAGGAGGCUAUGUCAAGCAAAUCUAGUCACUGAUGUAUCAUUUCAUUUUAUGUUUAGUAGGCUGUCUUAUAUAAUACCAUUGUAAUCUUGGUGACACUAGUACAUAUUGAUACAUGGAACAUGGUUGUCAAGAAUCUAAGAAUUUCAAUUGUAAGUCCUGUUUUCCUGUUUGUUAUUACCUCUAUGAUACAAAUUUUCAGACAUGAA